UUUUCCGCUCUCGAAAUGGCUCGCACGAAGCAGACGGCGCGCAAGUCGACGGGCGGCAAGGCCCCGCGCAAGCAGCUGGCCACCAAGGCGGCCCGCAAGAGCGCGCCGGCCACCGGCGGCGUCAAGAAGCCGCACCGCUACCGGCCCGGCACGGUGGCCCUGCGCGAGAUCCGGCGCUACCAGAAGUCCACGGAGCUGCUGAUCCGCAAGCUGCCGUUCCAGCGCCUGGUGCGCGAGAUCGCGCAGGACUUCAAGACCGACCUGCGCUUCCAGAGCUCGGCCGUCAUGGCGCUGCAGGAGGCGUGCGAGGCCUACCUGGUGGGGCUCUUCGAGGACACCAACCUCUGCGCCAUCCACGCCAAGCGCGUCACCAUCAUGCCCAAGGACAUCCAGCUGGCGCGCCGCAUCCGCGGGGAGAGGGCGUAAGUGUUUGGUCAAGGAGCGCCAACUUGAAACCCAAAGGCUCUUUUCAGAGCCACCCACUUAACUCCACAGAAGUGCUGUGAUACCUAAUUAACCAGGACCGCACUAAGUGUAUUAGGAACCAGCGCUUACCUGGUCGUUGGCAUCCCCCCACCCCCCGCUGAAGGAUCAUUUAUUGUCCACAACGAAAAGGGCAAAACGCAUUUACGAUUUUUUUAAGUAAAUGAAUGCAGGUUGACUGAAACAGCUGUUUAAAACACCAGUAUAGUACGUGGGCUGUCCACUUAAGAGGUUUGGAUCUUCCUAGGAUCUUUUUAAAACCGCAGAUUCUAGAAUAUAGCCUCUAAGAACUUCUUUGCUCAUUGGUGUCCAUGAGGUCUGGAAAGUGCUCAGAUUCUGAAUCCAAGUUUGAAAUUAUAACAUAUUUACAUAUUUUUAGUAUUUAUCAGAUAACGACUCCUCACCUCAGUAAGUUUUACGUUUUUAUUUUCUGGUUAGCCUGAAGUGGUCUCACGACUGGUAAGGCUCCAACUUCUUGCAUAUUUAUUUAUAGCUACCUACCCAUUCGUAAGUGUUGAUCAGUUGAUGAAGCAUAAUUGUAUCAAGUCCCUGUAUUUAAUACAUUAUUUGUGGCCCUGCUACAGGUUGGUUGUAUGGCUUUAUUUCUUACAGGGCCAUGCUACAUUAUUUUUUCAUGGUUCUCAGCUGUAGUUUCCAUUCAGGUUUAGGAGUUGUAACCCAAUUUUCUUUUAUUUGCUCUUUUUUGGAGUUGGGGAUUCAGUAUUGGAAGGAAGAUGACCCACCUAAGAACAGUGGCUGAGUGUUGAAAAAAAUAACUUCUUUUGAAAUUUAAUUUCCAUAUUUCACCUUAUUGUUUUGGAAAACAAUUAUUUUCAAAAUUGCCUUACGAAAGUACAGAAUGCUGUAGAAUAUGACAGACCCCAAAUUCCAAAGGUUUUGCUUGUUUGGCUCUCUACACCUUAGCUCUUAAACACCUCAAAGUUUGGGGCCUGUCUGAGAUGUCAGUUGAUGCACCAUAUUAAAUCGUGGACAACUCAACAAGAAACACAAAACACAGAAGAUUAAACUUGAAUUAUGUAGUUUCCUUGGAUUUAUUUACAUUCCAUGAUUCUAAUAAAGCAACUUUUCCUUUACAACA